AUGCAUGCUCUGCACAAGAUCUUCAUUUUUUGUGCUCUGGCGGGAUUCGGUAAGAAAGCCCUGGGUGCUGAAAUCAUUAAUGGUCAAGAAACCAAAAAUAAUGUGAUGCAGUACAUGGCCUCUGUGCAUAAUGACAGUGGUCAUGUUUGUGGAGGAUUCCUCAUCAGUGAAGACUUUGUGCUCACUGCAGCUCACUGUGAUUCAUGUAGGAAUCCAACACAUGUUGUCCUUGGUACCCACAAUCUCAAAGAUGUUGAUAAAACAAACAUAUACCAUGUGAAGACGUGCAAACACCGGGGUUAUAGGACAGUUAGUUCUGGGAAUGACAUCAUGCUCCUCAAAUUGUCAAGGAAAGCUAAGCUGGGGAGAAACACACAUAUUAAGCUCAUCCAACUCCCAAGUCAUAAAAUGAAACUUAAAGAGAACACAAAAUGCCGUGUAGCUGGAUGGGGCUGGAGAAGAACUGGUGCUGGUGAAGCUGAAGAUCAUCUGCAUGAUGUGGAAGUUCCUGUGAUUGACCUGAAGAAAUGUAGAAAGCUGUGGCGGAAUUUGAUUCCUGAGAAAGUGAUCUGUGCAGGUGGAUAUAGCACAGACAAAGGAUUCUGUCAGAUGGAUUCUGGUGGACCUUUGGUGUGUGAUAACCAGGCAGUUGGUAUUGUUUCCUUCAACAACGGCAGGAUCUGUGACUACCCAGAUGUUCCCAACGUCUACACAGACAUGUACAAAUACAUCCCCUGGGUUAAAAAGAGCAUGAAGAAUUACCACAGGCUGACUGCUGCUGUCACCAUGCAUGCUCUGAACAAGAUCUUCAUUUUUUCUGCUGUGGUGGGAUUUGCCCUGGGUGGUGACAUCAUAAAUGGUGAAAAGACUAAGAUGAAUGCGAUGCAGUACAUGGCCUCUGUGCAGAGUAACAAAGGUCAUAUCUGUGGAGGAUUCCUCAUCAGUGAAGACUUUGUGCUCACUGCAGCUCACUGUGAUCUGAAUCUAACCCAUGUUGUUCUUGGCACCCACAAUCUCAGAGAUGUCGAUGAAUCAAUGAAAUACCCUGUGACGAAGUGCAAACACGGGGGUUAUAAGAAAGUUGCAUGUGGUGAUGACAUCAUGCUCCUCAAACUGAAAAAGAAAGCUAAGCUGGGAAGAAACACACAUAUUGAUGUCAUCAAUCUCCCGAAUCAUAAAAUUGACCUGAACAAGAAGAAAAUGUGCCGUGUAGCUGGAUGGGGUCCAACAAAAACCGGUGGUAGAAUUGAAAAUGAACUGCGAGAUGUGGAAGUUCCUGUUAUUGACUAUGAGGAGUGUAUAAAGCUGUGGGGGGAUAUACUUCCUGAGAAUGUGAUCUGUGCAGGUGGAAAAGACACAAAGAAAGGAUUCUGUCAGGGCGACUCUGGUGGACCUUUGGUUUGCGAUGAUCAGGCCGUUGGUAUUGUCUCCUUCAACCUUGGCAAGUGUGACUACUUAAAUGAUGUUCCCAACGUCUACACAGAUGUAUCCAAAUACAUCUCCUGGAUUAAAAGGAAGAUGAAGAAGUGCUAA